AUGGUCUCACAAAUCGCACUCGCCGCCUUCACACUAGCUAACGCAGUGAUGUGAGUUUCGACUUUUUUUACUUCUCGAAUGAAAAUCAAGGCUUAUUUCGGAACUUUUCAAAACCUCUUAUAUUUAAUUAGCUCCCGGAAAAUUCCAGUAGUUAUCUUUGAAUUGAUUAAGCUUAAUUAAUCUCCAAGCUAUCAUUUAUUAUAAAAAAAUAGUUUAUAAACUAGCUUUUUUUAAGCGGAUUAAAAGGCCUCAAAAAAUAUUUCUUACUGAAAACUCGGAUUCAGGUAACUUUCUCAUUCAAAAAUAAACUAAUUUCAGGGUUUUUUUGAAUACAUAUUUUGAAAUAGACCUGAGGAAAAACUACUCAAAACUAUCAAAAUCGGUCAUUUAUUCAAAGAAACCAACGACCGUUUUUUUUUCUUUUCCUUAUUUUCGUAUCCUACUGAGAAUCUUCAGAAGUAAAAAAAAGCAGGGAGAGUUAAGAGUUCAGAAAAAUAAUACCCUUUCAUAUUUUCCUCCUUAUUCCACCUUAAAAAGGACUAAAAGCUCUUACGGCCGAAGGAAAAUCGAGAAAAAGCCGUCCAUUUUUGGAAAAUUUAUUUCAACGAACCAAAAAUCCCAUUUUUCAAAGCCAAAUCUUCGAAAAGUCGUAAUAGAAUCAACAAUAAGUUCACUCAAAAUCGACUUCAGUGAUAUUUUUACUCACAGAAUUCAAAUAAACUAGAAAAAAGUCGAUUAUUCAGUGAUAGUUCCAGCGCAAUGCCGACCUCCUACAGUUACGGAUCACCCUACUCGAUGAUGUCAAAUAUGGGCUACGGUAGUUACGGUAAUAUCUUCAAAAAAUAAUAUUUUUAUUUGAUAUUUGAAUUUAAGGUUCAAUGGGAAUGCCUGGAAGUGGAAUGUACGGUGGAAUGGGCGCGAUUCCUCCGCCAGGGAUGGGAUCCUACGGAAUGGGUUCGUGGCUUUUUUCUAGUCGUUCCUGCGCCCCAGUGAUAAAAAUGGAUCUUGACGGUUCUUACGCUUUAAAAAACGUAAAAAGACAAUUUUCAAAAAGAGAUAAGGUCAAAAAGCACGGUUUUUUUCCAUCUAAACGUGUUUUUUUAUUAAUAUUUUAGUGUUCGACAUUUUUUGUGUACAACCAGAGCGAAAAAUCUUAUGAAAUGUAUCCAAAUCAGAGCCAAAAUAUUUUCUCAGAAACUACAAAAUCGGAGAGCACUUCAAACUUCCUAAAACACAUCAUUUUGUCCAAAUGUGAGAAAAGUCUUCCGAAAGUCUCUCUGAACUUUGAGAGCUAGGAGAAGAAACGGCCAACCAGUUCGAAAUGUACCGGUUCAUCAAAACGGCGAUUUUCGCUUUUCAACACGACCGCCGAGAACACAAAUAAGCUCCACGGACAAGGAUAAUCCGGCCCCCUUUUUUUCUUCUUCGUUCCAUGUCUGGAAAAAGAAGAGCGACGUUUGGCCUCGAUUUUCGGAUUAGGAAAAAAAGUUCUGGUUGUGUUGAAAUUCUAGUGUUGGACUUUGGAGUUCGUUAUAGCAUACUCUCUGAAAGAAAAUAUAGCUUUUUUAUUUCCAGGAAUGUAUGGGAUGAACGGCAUGCCUGGAAUGAGUGGAAUGGGUGGAAUGGGCGGACUUGGCGGCUUGGGAAGCAUGUCUUCUGGCUUGGGAAUGUCCGGAUUAUACGGUUAGUUUGGAAGAAAAACAACUCGGACCUUGGUAACGCGAACGGGACGUGUCGAGGCAUUUCUAGUGACCACUUUAGUAGUCUCAGCACUCUUAAGUGGUCCCUAGAAUUGCCCAGAAACGUCCGUUUCGCGUUACCAAUUUUCGAGAAGCUUGAUAAAAAAAAUUUUUCGCCAUGGAGCAGAAAAGCUUGACAGUUUCUUUAAAACCGUGGCUAUUUUGGGAUCAGUUCAAACAUCUUUUUUUUAAAGGGACAAGAGUCUUGUGGAACUGAAAAGUUUUUAAAAUUCCUUUAGGCCUAGAUACCGUUAUUAUGUCACUUUUUGCCUCCUGAAUAUCAAGAAAUUAUUUUUUAUCAGUGUAUGAGCUAUAAAAUCGAUUUGAUACCUUUUCCAGGAGGCUACCAAUCCCCCUACGGUCUCUCUUCAAUGGGCGGCCUCGGCGGAAUGCCUUAUUUCAACAAAAGAACUUGA